AUGUUUCCUUAUAGAGACUUGGUAUCAAAGGAAGGAUUCACAUGGAUUCUCAAAGAAACUGGCGUUUUCAUUAAGUUUCUUCCUGAAGCAGUAACAGAUCCAAGAUUGAUCACAUGUAUGUUGUGGAAGCCUGGGAAAGGUUCUCCUCCUCUUGAAGAUAAUGAAUCGUUGGUGAGCAAUGUAAUAGAACUUGACUGUGAUGAUUCAAACGAUGUAGUGUUCAGUUCCAUUGAAGUAGCCUUAACCCAUAGUGCAAAGUGCUCGAGAGGUUACGAACUUGUUAUGAAGGAGAUGACCGAUACAGAUGGAUGGAGGGAUCUAGAAACCUUAGAGGUGCAACCAUCAGAUCUACAACGUGAAAGUUUGGGAUGGCAAAUUGAAUUGCCUUUUGUUCAAGCUAAAAUAACCAGUUUUUCCCGCUAUGCCGUUAUUUGUCGUCUUAAGUCCUACAGACUUCGAAAAGAGGAUUCUGAGGAGCGUUCUAAAUUAACAAUCAGUGUGCCAGAUUUCCCAGGUACUUGUUUGUCAAUUUCUGGUUCCCGGUUUCCUGCAAGUAUGGACCUCGUUAUCAAGGUGCAAGAGAUUUCAAAUGAAGCUUUAGAAGGAAAGGAGGUCCUCGUUGGUCCUAUUGUUCACAUUACAUUCACAUCAGAAGCUGAGCUAAGUGAUCCUUCGCAAGUUAGUCCUGUCAUAAUAAGUGUACCCAUCGACUCGCAAAAACACCAGACUGAGUUCUCGAAAAUGUCAUCAAGACAUGUGAGAGUGUUUUUCCGUGGCGGUAAAGACGCGUCAGGUAAGUGGGUCGAUUGGACAAAGAAGUUGCAACCAAAACUGGAAAACUGGAUUGUGACAUUCAAGGUGGAUGGGACUGAUUCAUUUCAAAUCAAUCGCCUCUUGGAAUGUGGGGUGAUGCUUGAUUCUUCUACGAAACCUUUGGAAGCUGAAAAGCUUUUUAUCGUGGAUUCAUCAUGUCCGCAACAAGUGGGAUUUUUCGCUUACUGGAGUCAGAAGAAAAAAAAAAUGGAGGAAGAACAAAAGCAAGGAUCACUGACUCUUUGUUGUUUUCCAAUCCACAUGAAAACUGAGUUGAAAAAAGAGAUAUCUUCAGAGCAUGGAUUCCUUCUCUGUGGCGAAGCCAAGUCAGCAAGACUGCUCGCUAAAGGGGAUCAGGCAUUCUUUUCUCUGUCAAACGGCCUCACUCUAGCUGAUAAUGGAAAUGUUAUAGAUUACCUCCCGUUUAAGUUUAUUGGAGACUUCAUUUUUAGAAAAGAUUACUUGGCUCGCUUCGAAGCACCAAAAAUAGAAUUUUUUAAAAGGGAAAAUGACAAGGAAGGAAGAGAAAAUCUCUGCUCUCUGUUACUUCAUCCAGUUACGCCGUUUGAGGACCGCUCUCCAGUAGUUUCCAGGGAGAAAUUGCAGUCCCAGAAGCAACCUCCAGUUUGUGAACCUUCAACUUCUGUGAAGUCUUCUGUAGAAGACUCGGCCGAAAUCAAAGAGUUGAGAAAGUCAACUGUUACUCAAAGGAUAGCGGUACUUUGUAAAAAACAUAUUGGAAACUGCUGGAGAGACCUUGGAGCAAUGCUUCGAGUUUCUGAGAGCGACCUUAUCAACACAGACAAAGAUUACCGUUAUUCUUCCGAGAAGGGAUAUGCUGUUCUCCAGUCAUGGAGGGAUAUGGAUGGGUGCAGUGGUACUGUAGGACUUCUUGUAGAUGCCCUCAUUUCAAUAGACGAGAAGAGGAUCGCUGAGGAGUUGCUAGAUAUUGUGCGGGAAGAAAAACGAGGAGAAAGCCAACAAAAAGACGACAGGUCAGAAGAGCAUCAAGAACUGUGUAGCAGCCCGGUGGAAGAUAUUGUGCGAGAAGAAAAACGAAGAGAAAGCCAGCAAAUAGGCGACGGGACAGAAGAGCAUCAAGAACUGUGUAGCAGCCCGGUGGAAGCAUUUUGCGGCAACAAGGGUGAAACCAGGAAACGCCAGACCCUGGAGAGAGGAGGCUUCCCUGACACAAUGCCCAGUACUGCGGAAGAAGUAAAUGCAUCGCAAACACGAGACAUAGGAGAAAGUGAAGGGAGAAGUAGAACGACAAGUGGAAAGAGGACGUCGGAUCCUGAGUUAAAAAGAGUGGCAAAACUCGAAAAAGUUAGAAAGAAUAAUUUGUUGAAACUUAAAUCUAGGGCAGGUAAACCUCCAAGGAGACAGCAAAACACCAGGAGGAACGAGCCAUCCGAUACGAGGCUCAGACUGCUUAUGGAGUUAACUGAAUUAAAAGCGCUUAUAGAAAGAAUUUAUACAGCUGAAAGCGAAAUGUUAGAGAGGAUGGAAAAAAUGACUGAAAAAGUCAGACAGGUGAAGGAAGAUUUAUCAGGGGCGUCAUAAACAGGAAAUUCCACAGCGGCGUCAUCAUAAUUUUGCCAUGCUCUUUGUUAUCAAUGCCGACCUUUUUCAAUAACAGACAAAACCGGAAGCCGAAAGUUAGGAUGGAAAAGAACUGGGGUGGAAUAUGAGACAGGGUUCAAAAUUACAACCAGCUAUUCACCAGCAGGUAACUAACUUGUAACCUUGUCGAUGUCUUUCGGGCCAGUUAACCCCUCAACAAACGAAAGGUCCGUCAUAUUUCCGUUGCGCUCGUGUACACGAGCAAACAGUGCGAAACAAACUGAAAAUUCUUCUACGACAACAGUUAUUUACAUAAGUGAUGCGACAACAUCUCGAGUCAGUGAUGUAUAUACCUGUAGUGAUGUAGGUUUUUCCUUAGCCAACUGGGCUCUUUGAUGUUUUCCUGAUUACCCGUACGAAGCCUUUUUGAAAGUAAACCCGUGGUUUGUAUUUAUUUCCUAUGAAAGGUUUCAAAAAUCUUUCUCCCUGCUUUAGACGAAGCCUGACAAUUUCCGAUAGUUGUUUAAUAUUCUGUUCUCUAACAAUACGCAAUUUUUCUUCCGAAACUUAACAGUAAAUCCGCCUCGAAAGGUUUUUUUGUUUGUUGUACUAUUUCCCGUGCGAAAACUGGAAACUCUCAAGGAUCCUCAAGAUUUGAAAGUUACUUUACCGAAAUUCACGAUUCACGAUUUCUGCCAAUUGCAAACCUCGACGGUUACAUAUGACAAGGUCCCAAGUUACGUGACCUGCGAGAUAGUCUGGCGUAACACUUUGUUGCAUGACUCGUUACGCCACUCUAUGUAUAAUUAUAGAUUAGUAGACCCCAGCAGACACCCGCACUAAAGGGGUCCGUACCACUACUGGAAAUAUAUUCAGCUUACUUAAAAAAAGUGCAAGUAACACUGUACUUUGUAACAAGGGUGCUUAUUGGUAGUCUAAUAAAUCAAUAUUUAGUACGGAAACUUACAUUUUUCCACACCAUAUUGCCUAUGACAUUGA